CAUAAUCGCGGAUCUCUUUCAUUGUUUAAGAAGAAGCGAAGGGAAGAUGUUGGAGCUGCCGUUAUUAUCAACCAUUUUAUCAUUAAUUUAAAUUUUUUUAAAUUCAGUUAUCAACGUUUUGCAAAUAAUUCAACUUAUUCGAGUCUAAAAAAUCGUUUUAUCCGGAAAUUUACUGUCCCCGGAGGCAGAAAAGAUAAAGAUUUUCGGGCGGCGAGGGAUGAAGGCACGUGGAAGUGGAAAGAGUGAAAUUACCUUCUUCAAAUGAUUGGCCUUAUCGUUAAUAUGUAGUACAGAUAAGACUUUUCAAGUAAAAGUUUCGAUUUUAAUGUUUGCGUAUAAUACGUACUUACAAAGCCAAUUAAUAAAAGGCUUAGAUGGAGAUUAUUCCUUGUUAGAAACAAAAAAAAAAAAAAAUAAUAAAUAAAUAAAAUAAAUUAAUAAUAAAUAAGUAAAGUAAAAUAAUUUAUUACAAUGAGUACUAUUUUAGAGAGAAUAGCAGCUAUCGAAGCUGAAAUGGCCAGAACACAGAAGAAUAAGGCAACUUCUGGCCAUUUAGGUUUAUUGAAAGCAAAACUCGCUAAAUUAAGACGAGAAUUGAUUACUCCAAAAGGAGGUGGUAGUAGUGGCGAGCAAGGCUUUGAAGUUGCAAAAACUGGCGAUGCUCGCAUUGGAUUUGUGGGCUUUCCAUCGGUUGGAAAGUCCACGCUGCUGAGUACGUUAGCUGGUGUAUAUUCGGAAGUGGCUGCGUACGAAUUCACUACCCUCACAACCGUUCCUGGAUGCAUUAAAUACAAAGGCGCUAAAAUUCAGCUUUUGGAUCUUCCUGGUAUUAUAGAAGGUGCAAAGGAUGGUAAAGGUCGUGGAAGACAAGUAAUAGCCGUCGCCAGAACUUGUAGUUUAAUUUUCAUUGUUCUUGAUGUUUUGAAGCCACUAGGGCACAAGCGAUUGAUAGAGCACGAAUUAGAAGGAUUUGGCUUAAGAUUGAAUAAACAACCGCCAAAUAUUAAUUUUAGAAAGAAAGACAAAGGUGGUAUUAAUUUACAAACAACGUGUGUACAGUCUGAACUUGAUCUAGAAACUGUUAGAACUAUUUUAUCAGAGUAUAAAAUACACAAUGCUGAUAUUACCCUCAGAUACGACGCAACUUCGGAUGAUUUGAUAGAUGUUAUUGAAAGCAAUAGAAUCUAUAUACCAUGUAUUUAUUUGUUAAAUAAGAUUGAUCAAAUAAGCAUAGAAGAAUUGGACGUUAUAUAUAGAAUACCUCACUGCGUGCCGAUAUCUGCGCAUCACAAAUGGAAUUUUGACGAUCUACUGGAGAAAAUGUGGGAGUACUUGCAGCUCAUUAGAAUCUACACAAAACCGAAGGGCCAGCUUCCGGAUUAUAAUUCGCCCGUUGUUUUAAACACGGAGAAGCGAACGGUCGAAGACUUUUGUAACAAGCUUCAUCGAACUAUUGCAAAAGAAUUCAAGUACGCACUCGUGUGGGGUUCAUCGGUCAAACAUAUGCCACAAAAAGUUGGAAAAGAUCACGUUCUAAACGACGAGGAUGUCGUCCAGAUUGUGAAAAAAGUAUAAUUGCUACUUUACGCAAAUAACUGUUGGACAAAAAAGUGAUGUGGUAAAUUUUUGUGAAUAUAAAAUAGCUUUACUUA